CAUCUUGAAUCCCUGUUUCUGUGGCAUCUGUUCCCAACACCAUGGGAAAGGGCUUCUAUGUAAGCAAGCUCGUAGCCUUUGUUGCCAUCUUUACUGCCAUAGCUGCAGUGGCUACAAUCAUUGCACUAUCAGUAGUUUAUGCUAAUGAAAAAUCCAAUAAUAAUAAAGUAGAAAAUGGGGGAUCUACAUCCACCGCCAGCAGUACAGCCAGUACAUCGAAACCUACCACACCUGCAUCAAAUAAGCCUUGGGACCUCUACCGACUUCCAAAGACUCUGAUACCUGAUCACUAUGAUGUUGAUCUCAGACCGGUCUUGGAAAAGGACAGCCGGGGACUCUAUGUCUUUCAUGGAAAAAGUGCUUCGUACUUCAGAUGUGUAACUCCCACCAAUCUUGUUAUUAUCCACAGCAAAAAACUUAAUUUUACUAAAAAUGUUGUUCUCAAGGAUGAUACAAAUAGAGAUAUUGCCAUAAACAGAGAACAGCUAGUGGAGAGGACCAAUUACUUGGUGCUGCAUCUUGCUGAGACUCUGCAAAGUAAUAAAACAUACAAGCUUCACACAGAAUAUAUUGGAGAACUGGCAAAUGACCUGGCAGGAUUUUACCGCAGUGAAUAUGUGGAAGAUAAUACAACCAAACUUAUUGCCACAACCCAAAUGCAAGCACAUGAUGCAAGGAAGGCAUUCCCAUGCUUUGAUGAGCCAGCAAUGAAAGCAACUUUCAACAUUACCCUCAGAUACAAGCCCAACUAUGUUGCACUCUCCAAUAUGAAUUCUAUCAGUGUUACUUCUGAAACGUGGGAAGGACAGCAAUGGCAAGUCACAGUAUUUAAUAAAACUCCAAAGAUGUCCACCUACCUUGUGGCCUUCAUAGUCUCGGAGUUCAAAUCGGUUGGUGAUGACAGGGUUAAAAUUUGGGGACGGAAAAAAGCUGUUGAAGAUCAGAAGCAAGCAGAGUAUGCACUAAGUGUUUCAAAGCCAAUUCUGGAAUUUUUCGAGAAAUAUUAUAAGGUUCCUUACCCUUUGCUAAAAUCAGACCAGGUAGCUUUGCCUGACUUCAGUGCUGGAGCCAUGGAGAACUGGGGGCUGGUAACAUACCGAGAAACUGCUCUUUUUUGGGACCAAAGGCAGUCUUCCAUCGGCAACAAGGACAGAGUGGUCACAGUCAUAGCUCAUGAACUUGCUCAUCAGUGGUUUGGGAACCUUGUGACAAUACGAUGGUGGAAUGACCUUUGGCUGAAUGAAGGUUUUGCCUCUUAUGUGGAAUAUCUGGGAGCGGAUUUUGCAGAACCCACUUGGAAUAUAAAAGACCUGAUAGUACUGUAUGAUGUACAUAGAGUGAUGGCAGUCGAUGCCUUGGCUUCUUCCCACCCUCUUACAUCAAAAGAAGAUGAAGUGAAUUCCCCAGCAGAAAUAAGUGAACAAUUUGAUUCCAUUGCUUACAGCAAGGGUGCAUCAGUUAUUAGAAUGUUGUCCUCAUUUCUCACUGAAGAGCUUUUUGUGGAAGGACUGGCUAGCUAUUUGAAAGCUUUUCAAUAUUCCAAUACAGUAUAUGCUGACCUAUGGGAUCACCUACAGAUGGCUGUAGAUAAACAGAACAAUGUAACACUUCCUGAUAGUGUUAGCGCCAUCAUGGACACCUGGGUCUUACAGAUGGGUUUCCCUGUGGUAACAAUAAAUACAGCAACAGGUUCUUUAGACCAGAAGCACUUCCUUCAAGAUCCAGACUCAGUCGUCACUCGUCCAUCACCAUUUAACUACACCUGGAAAGUACCUAUUUCAUAUCUUAGAAGUGAUGGACACAAAGGAAAUUUGUGGCUUCAACAGAGAUCAGGCACACAUGAAGAAUUUAAGGUCUAUGGAAAUGACUGGGUUCUGGUUAACCUUAAUGUCACUGGAUACUACAGGGUUAACUAUGAUGACAGAAAUUGGGACAGACUUCUGCAUCAGUUGAACAAUGACAUAUCAGCAAUUCCUGUCAUCAAUCGUGCUCAGAUCAUCGAUGAUGCCUUUAAUUUAGCCAGAGCUAAAUAUGUAAGCACAACAAGAGCACUUGAAACCACCACAUUCCUAUCCAAGGAGGUUGAGUACAUGCCUUGGGCGGCAGCAAUUAGCAGUCUUAGCUACUUUGUACAGGUGUUUGAUCGCACAGAGGUGUAUGGACCAAUGAAGGCCUACAUGAGACAGCAAGUUGAACCAUUGUUUUUGUACUUUAAGAACAAGACAAAUAACUUUACUCAGAGAAUGCCAACUUUAACAGAACAGUACAGUGAAAUAAACGCAGUCAGCACAGCCUGUGCUUUUGGCAUCUCAGAAUGUAGAGAAUUAGCAACCCGGCAAUUCAGAGAUUGGAUGGAAACUAAUGUAAAUAAUAUUCAUCCAAACCUGAGAUACACCAUCUACUGCAAUGCAAUAGCAAGAGGAGGAGAAGAAGAGUGGAACUUUGCAUGGCAAGAAUUUAAAAAGACAGACAAUGCACAGGAAGCAGAUAAACUGAGAGCAAGCCUGGGCUGUAGCAAGGAACCCUGGAUCCUUAAUAGGCUGUUAGAGUAUGCAGUGGAUACCACAAAAAUUCGUAGACAAGACUCUAUUUCCACAAUUUUAAAUGUUGCUGGCAAUGUGGUUGGUCAGAGUCUUGCCUGGGACUUUGUCAGAGGCCACUGGAAAACAUUUCUUGAAAGGUUUGGAAGCUCCUCAUUCUCCUUUCGUUACCUGAUAACAGGAGUUACUAGAAGAUUCUCGACUGAUUUUGACUUGCAGCAGCUUGAACAAUUUAAAAAGGAUAAUGAAGGAGUUGGUUUUGGCACAGCUUCACGGGCUUUGGAGCAAUCAAUAGAGAAGACCAAAGCAAACCUCAAAUGGGUAAAUGAAAACAAAAAUCUUGUUAAGGAAUGGUUGACUUUGAAGGUGCAGUAGCAAAGCCAUAAAAAGACAAGCACAUACCUAAUACUUGUGAAGAUCAAGUUUACCAGCCACAUGUGCCUACUACAAGGACUGCUUGCCAUUCUCUAGUUUAUAAAUCUGCAAUGACAACUAAGUGGUUGUACAAGGACAUGUACAAGAUAUAAUCUACCAUGAUUCCUUCUGCAAGUGUAAUAUUCUAUCAU